UGAGAAACAGAGUGUAAACAGCGUCAUCGCGCUUCUCUGAUGUGUGCUGUUUGUUUUGCUUUGUCCCGGGACACAGUGACCGCUAGUGGGCCCCGUGCAGCAGCUAUCGUGUGUGCGUGUGUGUUUGUGGUUGUGUGUGUGUGGAGCAGUGAGCGGGCAAACCGGGAGGAUGCUGCGGCCUGUCAGACCCGCCGCUCGCUCAUCUUUCCCCCGGAGCUGUUAGGCUGAUCCGGGACAUGGCUGCACCCGUCGUACACUUUGACGACGACUGGUCGCAUGUGCGGGGAUCGAACGUGGUUCCGGAUCGGGAGCUGCUGACGCACAAAGGCCGAGCAGCGGCCGCUACCGCCGCCGGGGGGGAAGCGGCCGCUGCUCGGCUGCUGCUCCGCGGGGUUGUGGACCUGUCGGGGCGGCUCGACGGCAGCUUCUCCCCGGGGGACGCGCUCUGCUCCGCGGACCCGGUGAUCGGCUUCGAGGAGAAGUUAUCCGCCUGCUUCCACAAUGUCAGCCCCCAGACAGAGAGCGUCGCUCCCGUGAGUGUGAUCUCAGAGGACACGCUGCUGGAGACAGACCAAAUCUGGAACGCCUUAACCAGUAACUAUGGGCAAGUGAUGCCGGUGGACUGGAAACACUCUCGAACGCGCUCCCUCCACAUCCCCACGUUCAACCUGGAGGAGAAACCUAGGAAGACUGAUGUCACAGCAGAGCUGUCGGAUGACGAGGAGCUGAGGGAGCAGCUGGACAUGCACACCAUCAUUGUCUCCUGUCUCGCAGACGAGCCCCUGUACACAGCAGAGCAGGUUAUUGAAGAGAUAGAGGAGAUGAUGCAGGACUCGCCCGACAUGGAGCCUCAGCACGAUCCCUCUCAGUCUGACCUCUCCAUGCUCUCACUGGACGUCCAGCGGCCGACCAGCUGCCCCGGCUACGAGGAGAAGGUGAGGGCCCUGAGUGUGGCGGAGCUGAACGAGCGUCUGGAGGAGACGGAGACGAACAUCAGGAGCUUCUCGGAGGAGCUGGUGCAGCAGCUGGCUCUCAGGGACGAGCUGGACUUUGAGAAAGAGGUGAAGAACAGUUUCAUCUCAGCGCUCAUCGACGUGCAAAACCGACAGAAGGAGCACCGCGAGCUGCUGAGGAAGAAGAAGAAGCUCAAAGGCGGAGCCGGGCCGUCGCAGGGCCACGCUGAGAAAACAGUCGGAUCCUAUUUGACCACAGUCAUCCCGUAUGAGAAGAAGGGACGUCCUCCUUCGAUCGAGGACCUUCAGAUCCUCACCAAGAUUCUCCAAGCGAUGAGAGAUGACAGCGACAAGGUGCCCAGUCUCUUAACAGACUACAUUCUCAAAGUGCUUUGCCCGACGUAGACCGGAGGGACACUGCCUAACACUGUGCAGAGGCUUCUGAUCCGUGGCUACAAGAAGAAGAGGACUCAUUGUAUUAUUUUUGCAAACAUGAAGCACACUUAAUUUAUUCUUGCAUGUUUUUAAUUCAACCUGUCUUUUUUUGUUGUGUCUUUACUCAGUUGUUUUAAGUUGACGUGCAGUGUUGUGUCAUUUUUGCAAAACCCUCUGUGUUACUGUACGAUUUUUACUUUUUUCAGUGUUUUCUUAAUCAUCGAGAAAUUCUUAAAUUCUAAAUUAUAUUAGAAAUAUACCCAGAUCGAUAAACCAGAGUAGGAGCUGCUGCACUGAGCUUUGCUCGUUGGUUUGAGGUAAGAGCAAAGUUGCGAUGCUAAGUGCUUUGUACUCAACUCAGGUGCUUCUUAUCUACUGAGCAAUGAACAAAUGCACAAAGCACAUUAAACAGACGUGGCAGAAAUAGAGAACUAUGACCACAGUUUAAAUUAAUACAACACUUUGUGGAUCUCCAGAGGGGAAAUGUAAUAUUCCACAUGCAUAUAGGAUUCAGACAAA